AUGGUCUGUAAUAGCACUUUAUUAGAGAGCUGUGCCCCUGAGCUGUUGAAUGGAACAAAUCUCCCUCUCAAUUCAGACAGUGGAAAUCUGCCCAUCAUUAUCAGGAUAUUAGUGACAAUAGUUAUGAUGUCAAUGGUCGCCAUUGGUUUCCUUGGCAAUACAAUUGUGUGCUUAAUUGUGUACCAGAAGCCGGCAAUGCGAUCAGCCAUCAAUCUUCUCCUGGCAACUCUGGCAUUCUCUGACAUUAUGCUGUCUCUGAUGUGCAUGCCUUUCACCACAGCCACCAUCAUAACAGUCGACUGGAUCUUUGGAAACUACUUUUGCCGGAUCUCUGCGAUGUUGUACUGGUUCUUUGUCUUGGAAGGUGUGGCAAUACUGUUGAUAAUCAGCGUGGACCGCUAUUUAAUCAUAGUGCAGCGGCAAGACAAGCUGAAUCCACACCGGGCCAAAAUGAUGAUCGUCAUUUCAUGGGUGUUUUCCUUCUGCAUUUCAUUCCCGUCAGUAGUGGGUUGGACUGUUGUGGAAGUGCCCACUCGGGCACCCCAGUGUGUCCUGGGAUACACCGAGUCCAUGGCCAACCGUGUGUAUGCUGUGCUCUUGCUGGUGACUAUUUUCUUUGUGCCUUUUGGCGUAAUGCUGUACUCUUACCUGUGCAUUCUGAACACAGUGCGAAGGAACGCCGUGCGCAUCCAGAACCAUGCCGACAGCCUCUGCCUGAGCCAAGUGAGCAAACUGGGGCUGAUGGGGCUGCAACGGCCUCAUCAAUUAAACGUCGACAUGAGUUUUAAAACCCGGGCCUUCACCACCAUUUUAAUCCUCUUCAUUGGUUUCUCCUUCUGCUGGCUGCCAUACACCGUCUACAGCCUGCUAUCUGUUUUCAGCAGGAAGUUUUAUUACAGCCAGUCGUUCUACGUGAUCAGCACCUACAUCUUGUGGCUCAGUUACCUGAAGUCCGUCUUCAACCCUAUCAUCUACUGCUGGCGUAUCAGGAAGUUUCGCGAGUCCUGUGUGGAAUUCAUGCCCAAAACAUUCAAAAUUCUGCCAAAGUUGCCUGGGAGAGCGAGGCGACGAAUCCGACCCAGCACCAUAUACGUUUGCAGUGAGCAUCAAUCAUCAGUAUAA